CUCAGCGCGGGCACGAGCCUGCGGCGGGCACGAGCCGGCGCGUUCCCUGGUGCAAAAUGGCGCUGUCUCAAGGAACAAAGAAGAAAGUUUGCUACUACUAUGACGGUGACGUGGGGAACUACUACUAUGGACAGGGCCAUCCCAUGAAACCCCACAGGAUCCGCAUGACACACAACCUCCUCCUCAACUAUGGACUCUACAGGAAAAUGGAGAUCUAUAGACCACACAAAGCCAGUGGAGAAGAGAUGACAAAAUACCAUAGUGAUGACUACAUCAAGUUCCUGAGGUCCAUCCGCCCAGACAAUAUGUCCGAGUACAGCAAACAAAUGCAGAGAUUUAAUGUCGGAGAGGACUGUCCAGUGUUUGAUGGCCUGUUUGAGUUUUGCCAGCUCUCAACAGGAGGCUCUGUAGCUGGAGCAGUGAAGCUGAACAAGCAGCAGACAGACAUCGCCGUCAACUGGGCUGGAGGACUCCAUCAUGCUAAGAAAUCUGAGGCCUCUGGUUUCUGCUACGUCAACGACAUUGUCCUCGCCAUCCUGGAACUGCUUAAAUACCACCAGAGGGUUUUAUACAUAGACAUCGACAUCCACCAUGGUGAUGGGGUGGAGGAAGCUUUCUACACCACUGACAGGGUCAUGACAGUCUCUUUCCACAAGUAUGGGGAAUACUUCCCUGGAACUGGAGACCUGAGAGACAUCGGAGCAGGGAAGGGCAAGUACUACGCAGUAAACUACCCUCUUAGAGACGGCAUCGACGACGAGUCCUACGAAGCCAUCUUCAAACCAAUCAUGGCUAAAGUCAUGGAGAUGUACCAGCCGAGUGCUGUGGUUCUGCAGUGUGGAGCAGAUUCUCUCUCUGGAGACCGGCUGGGCUGCUUCAACCUCACCAUCAAAGGUCAUGCCAAGUGUGUUGAGUACAUAAAGAGCUUCAACCUCCCCCUGCUCAUGCUGGGUGGGGGGGGCUACACCAUUCGUAACGUGGCUCGUUGCUGGACCUUCGAAACUGCCGUUGCCUUGGACUGCUCCAUCCCCAACGAGUUACCCUACAACGAUUACUUUGAGUACUUUGGGCCUGAUUUCAAGCUGCACAUCAGUCCCUCCAACAUGACGAACCAAAACACCAACGAGUACCUGGAGAAAAUCAAACAGCGGCUCUUUGAAAAUCUCCGUAUGCUGCCUCACGCCCCUGGCGUCCAGAUGCAGGCCAUCCCCGAAGAUGCUCCUCACCCGGACAGUGGAGACGAGGAGGAGGAAGACCCCGACAAACGCAUCUCCAUUCGGGCCCACGACAAGAGGAUAGCCUGUGAGGAAGAGUUUUCCGACUCGGAGGACGAGGCCGAGGGACAGGGAGGAGGUCGCAGGAAUGCCGCCAACCACAAAAAGACUAAACGAGUAAAGAAGGAGGAAGAGAAGGAAGUAGAGGAAAAUAAAGAAGUGAAAGAGGAAGAGAAGGAAGAAGAAAAGAUGGACACAUCUGGACCAAAAGAGGAGGGGAAGACGACUUGAAGUGUGGCACAAAGACGUGGCGUCACUGAUGGAUUCGUCUUCAAGCCCCACGGAUUACUGUUUCACUGCAGCGAUAGGGCCUUUUUGUAUUCCUCUUAUUAUUUUUGUUCUUCCAGGCAAACCUGGUUCACACCACAUUUCAUCAGAGAGGGGUUUGAUAACCGGUUAAGCAUUAUGGAAACGACACCCUGCCUGUUGUUACUGUGAAUCCCACCUUUCUGGCUCAUCAUGCAGCUUAAAAAUGUCACAAAUUUCUGAUGGAUUGUGUGAACCAGGUCUGUAAAAUGAAAACCUCCCGGAGCUUAUUCUUCCCAGUUUGUGGGGCUCCAAAGACGUAGUUUACCAGUGCUCACGUGCAACAAGGCUCUUUAGUUUGAUAACAUCUAUUUAUGAUGCUGUUAGAAUAACCAGCUUUAGGCAAGUGAUUUUGGCUUGCUGUUUGUCAGUGAAUGCAUGUUGAGAAUGACCUCACCUGUAACAUGUACCUUUUCCUAGCUUUCCUGACAGCAUCCGGUCUCUAAGUUAUUUAAAAUCACAAAUACAGUCGGUCCCUUUAGUCCACUCUUUAUAAAUAUCUCAUGGUUUUUAUUUUCUUCUUGCAUUGUUUGCAUGUGGAUGUGUGAACCUCUGCAGAGGCUGAUGUUUGUGAGUGAGCGACUUAUUUUUAUAUUUUGUAUCAUGCAACAUGAUGGAGGUCGGCCAGUAAGAGGCUCCUCCACGUGGUUGUCUGGAAUUGUAUCCUUGUGAAAUGUGCAUUGUCAUAACUUUGUUAUAAAAAAAAAAUAAAGAAAACUGAUGCACUUUUUGCCCAAGUA